CUGUAAUCCGCAACACCUGCUCCGCGCGCGGGAUCGGUAACGGCACUCGGUGCGCGCUCAAGCGGCACUCCAAACAAAGGCUCGCGCUGGAAUUAAAGCGCUUAAUUAAAAGGCCACUGACGCGCGCCUCUCAUCUGUAUGCUAUUUAUAACCGCGCAUCAGCUCGGUGGGGAGAAUCUCCCGGGUUAUUUCUGUUUUAUUCAUCUCACAUCAAGUGUCACAUACGCGCGUCAAAAGUAAAGCAUCGUUUUCUCGUUUAAUAAACAGUAUCAGCAUGCGGCGAGUGUCCUAUACAGUAUGUGUGCCGUUUCUUUCCAUUUAAGACGCGCCCCCGUCAGUGCCGUGCUGUCUUGUCUUAUCUUUUUUGAGGUCUGCGAGACGUGCCUGGUUUCUCAAUCUCGGGUUGAUAUUGCGCAGGCGUGAUCCGGACGCGGUGCUGAGAUGCAGCUGUGGGAUGCGGAGAGGGGAGUCCCGACUCUGCGUUGUCGAUGUUAACCUCUUUCUGGGGCCGAACAAACGCCGCCGCUACGGGUGGUCUGUUCCCUGGAGACCGCCUUGAGAAGGGAGGAGAAAGAGAGAGCGAGAGAGAGAAAAGAGGAGGCGGGUGCCGUCUACGCUUUUUCCCAUCACCGCGCUGCACACAACAGUCACCAACCUGUGGAUGGUGGCGCGCGCUGCGGAUUAGACACGGUCUAGCGCUGGGAUCGUUUGGCACGAGCUCGUCUCGGGGAUCGCAAACUGUCUGCUUCCAAGUGCUGGACAUGCGGUAUUUGUAAAGAGUACGCGCUCGGCUCUGGCUGUAUGAAUGGCCCCGUUAUGGAGGAAGUUGCGUUUCCCCGAGUCCGCGCACGGCGGAGGAAAACUCGCUGCCUGCCCGCCACGUGCGAGGACGAGUUUGACUGCAAGGAGCUCGAGACUCUCUUUCAUAAGUACAACCUGAAGCUCGAGCAGACCGCCACGCUCAAAGCGCUGGCCAUUCUCAUCCUCGCCGCGUCGGCGCUGGCGCUGGUGGAGCUCCUGUCUGCCGGCUCGCGCUUCACCGUGUCCAAGGGCUCGCACCCGGUCCACUGCGUCAUCUUCACCUCACUAUUCAUCGUCACCAACGUCAAAUAUCUACAGGUCACGCAGCUGCAACAGAUCGCGCGGCUCACGCUGCUCUUCAGCUUCACCUUCGCGCUUCUCUGUUGCCCGUUUCCACUCGUUGUGGGUCACAGCGCGCCUCAAGGGACGCAGGGUGCGCAGGGGCCUGAUGCGCGAAGCGCAACACCUGAGCAAGGUGUUUGGCAGCUGAUGCUCGUUACGUUCGUUGCAUACUCUCUGCUACCGGUAAGGACGCUCUUGGCUGUUUUGUUUGGCAUCCUGGUGGCUGCGUCCCAUUUCAUCGUGACGGCAACGUCGGUAACGGCCCAUAAACCCCUCAUGUGGACACCACUGGUAGCGAAUGCGGUGCUGCUGGUUGGUGUGAAUCUGUCGGGCGUGUUUGUGCGAGUCCUCACUGAGCGCGCCCAGAGGAAGACCUUUCUACAGGCCAGGAACUGCAUCCAACAGCGCCUGCAACUAGAGGAUGAAAACGAAAAACAGGAACGCCUUCUAAUGAGCCUGCUGCCCAGAAAUGUUGCCAUGGAGAUGAAGGAGGACUUCCUAAAGCCACCAGAAAGAAUCUUCCACAAGAUAUACAUACAACGGCAUGACAAUGUCAGCAUCUUGUUUGCAGACAUUGUUGGAUUUACCAGUCUGGCCUCACAAUGCACCGCUCAGGAGCUGGUUAAACUGCUGAACGAGCUCUUCGGAAAAUUUGAUGAGCUUGCUACAGAAAACCACUGUAGGAGGAUUAAGAUCUUGGGAGACUGUUAUUAUUGCGUGUCAGGCCUGACCCAGCCUAAAGCAGACCACGCUCACUGCUGUGUGGAGAUGGGUUUAGACAUGAUCGACACCAUCACGUCUGUUGCGGAGGCAACUGAAGUGGACCUAAACAUGCGCGUGGGUUUGCACACGGGCCGUGUGCUGUGCGGGGUCCUCGGUCUGCGCAAGUGGCAGUACGAUGUUUGGUCUAAUGAUGUCACACUGGCCAACAUGAUGGAGGCAGGAGGUCUGCCCGGGAAGGUUCAUAUCACCAAGGCAACGCUUGAAUGUCUGAAUGGAGAUUAUGAGGUGGAGCCGGGCUUUGGCCACGAGAGACACGCUUUCCUCAGCAAACAUGCCAUUGAGACUUAUUUCAUCGUGCCCUCACACAGACGCAAGAUUUUUCCAGGGCUAAUCCUCUCGGACAUAAAGCCGGCGAAAAGGAUGAAGUUUAAAACUGUGUGUUACCUGCUGGUGCAGCUCAUGCACUGCAGAAAGAUGUUCAAGGCAGAGAUCCCAUUCUCCAAUGUCAUGACCUGCGAGGACGACGAUAAGAGACGAGCAUUGAGAACAGCUUCAGAGAAGCUCCGCAGUCGGACCUCGUUUUCGGCAGGCGUGGUGCAGAACUCACCAGGAUCCAGAGUGAACCGUUACAUCGGCCGUCUUAUAGAAGCCCGUCAGACAGAAUCAGAGACGGCGGACCUCAACUUCAUUACCCUCACGUACAGGAGCAGAGUGAGAGAGCAAAGAUAUCAGCAAGUGUAUGAUGAUGCCUUUAUCAGCGCUGUGGUUAUCUCUCUCGUCCUCACUUCAUUUUUCGCAGUUGUCUAUUUUCUCAUCAUUCCACAAGGUCUUCUGGUUGUGAUUCUGCUGGUUUUGUGUUUGUGUUUUCACAUGGCAAGUGUGAUGUACCUUCACAUCACUCAUGUGCAGUGCUCUCCAGACUGUCUGACCCUGCAGAUCAGAACGGUUCUGUGUGGGUUUUUGGUGCUUCUCAUGUACUCCGUGACCCAGGGAUGUGUGGCGGGAUGUGUGCCGUGGUCACUGGACAGGAAUUCCAGCGUCUCCAUGGUGACAGUAAUCAAAGUGAACGGGACCACCGUGGGCUCCAGCGUGUGUAAAUACACUCCGUAUGUAUUUUUAUCAUGUGUGAUGGCGUCGCUGUCUGUGGCCCUCUACCUACGUGUGUCAUCACUACCCAAGAUCCUCCUGCUUCUCCUUCUCAACAUCCUACACACUGUCGUCAUGGAGACCAGCAGCUAUCGACAGGCCAUAGGCGGAGGAUUCUUCCACACACACGGCUACGACCCGGUUCUGGCAAUGCUGUUGUUUUCUGGAGCUCUGGUGCUCCAUUGCAGACAGCUGGAUCUUAAACUUAGACUGGACUACCUCUGGGCUACUCAGGCUGAAGAGGAGAGAGAUGACAUGGAGAGGGUGAAGUUGGACAAUAAGAGGAUUUUGUUCAACCUUCUGCCUGCUCAUGUAGCUCAACACUUCCUGCAGUCUAACCCACGCAACAUGGAUCUGUAUUAUCAGUCUUACUCUCAGGUGGGCGUCCUGUUCGCCUCCAUCCCGAACUUUAAUGACUUCUACAUUGAACUGGAUGGAAACAACAUGGGUGUGGAAUGCCUCAGGCUGCUCAACGAAAUCAUCGCCGACUUUGAUGCGCUGAUGGAUAAGGAAUGUUACAGAGACAUUGAGAAGAUCAAAACUAUCGGCAGCACUUACAUGGCUGCAGUAGGACUCGUUCCAGCUACAGAAUCCAAGGUAAAGAAGUCCAUCUUGGCACACCUGUCCACAGUGGCUGAUUUCGCCAUCGAAAUGUUUGAUGUUUUGGAUGCGAUCAAUUACCAGUCGUACAAUGAUUUCGUUCUUCGUGUCGGUAUUAAUGUGGGUCCAGUGGUUGCUGGAGUGAUUGGAGCUCGCAGACCUCAGUACGACAUCUGGGGAAACACAGUGAAUGUUGCAAGCAGAAUGGACAGCACUGGAGUUCAGGGCAAGAUACAGGUGACAGAGGAUGUCUUCCGUCUACUCAGCGGUCAUUAUCACUUCCAGUGUCGUGGGCAGGUCAGCGUAAAGGGCAAAGGUCAGAUGCUCACCUAUUUUCUGGAGGGCCGAGACUCGCCAAGCACACAGCUCACGCAAGCCCAGCGCCUGGAGGCCGGGUCGAGCCCCUGCAUCCGGACCAAGCUGGGAUCCGCGCCCACUGUCAGCACUUACGGGGUUAAAAGUCAAACCCUGGGGCACGUUGGCACAACUUCAAACAACAGCAUUCUUUAUCUGCCCUCCGUAUCUGUCGACGUGGAGAUGGAGGUGUGAUCGCCACGGAGAUAAGUUUUAUGCUUACCGAUACAUUAGUAAAUCAGAGGCACAGAGAGGGAUUGAAUCAAGGAAGAUUAUGGAAAAAUAGGAAUUUGGAGGAGUCUUGGAUUCAAAAGAGGAGAAAGAGGAUGAGGUCUCUGUCUUUGCACUGGUAAAGUAAGGAGAGAAAAAACUAAAAUGUGCCAUAAAGAGACCCCCACGCAAGUACAAUAUAAGCAUGUAUGUAUUCUGUGUGCGCAUGUAUGCGUUUCAAUGAGUCUUCCCCAGACCAAUAGGAUAUCAGGGUCUCCAACACCGGAGCAUGCGCAUCCACUGCGAGGCAGCUUCACACCAGCCGAGGAGACACAUAGCGUAUUUAUGAGUGUGUGAUAUCUUGCAUCUGAAAAUGUCAAGCGAUGCCACGGCAAUGAAUAUUUUACACACGUGUGCAGUGACGACCAAACAUGUAGAUUUCAAACAGCGCUGUAUUUUGUACGAGAGUUUGCAUUUUGCGAGUCAGAGCAGAUGUUUAUGAGAUCAAGAAACGGUAAACAUUAGCACAUUAGAACGUUGGGUUGGGUUUUACGAAAAACAAAACAAAUUCCUCAUAUUGAGAUUUCUUUUGAAUAAAUUGUUUACAUUGUUUCCAAAACCGUACAAAAAUGGAAGCUCUUCGACUUUAUUUGGCAUUCAUCUGCGGUUGAUGCCGUCCAUGAGAGAGAUUGCCAAAAAUACUAAACAUUUACACCAGACUGAAUCCGAGACCUAAACGGUUUAUUAUUAAAGAAAAACACGGUCUGUUUUUGUAAUCAUUUACAGAAAGUCAGUAAAGUCUGUGACGUGAGUAAAUGUUUAUCUAUGCGUGGGUCGAAUCAGCAAAGUUUUCCUGUAGAUGAUGUGUGUACGCACUGGUGCUCGGAGAAAACAUCUGUAUUCACUUGCCACUGCCCUUUGACUUCCGGGGUAUCCUAUUCACUAAUAAUAACAUGAUGAAUAAUAAACCUACACAAAAUAAUCUUACAUUACAGGGUUUAAUAAACUGUCAGGAAUGCAAAAUAUUGAUAGAAACAAAGCCAGCACAAUCAUAAAGCUGAGUGACAGGAUUUCAAUAUUAAAGUUAAAUAAAAAAUAACUGGCUUCCGGUAUGUGAUAAAAUUCCUGGAUAAGGAACCAAUAGCUGGGAAUUGUUCUCUCUUCCAAAUAUUUUGUCAGUGGUUUCUCUGAGUUUCUAAGUGGCGCUUAGCUUUCCAAAUCUCCUAUUAACGGAAACAUCUCUCGCUGGGCAUGCAACGAUCUUUAACACGCAAAUUGAACAUGCAUGAUAUUUUAGUGCUGGGUGUGUCAUGUGCGAUGUAGGUCUUAGGUUCGGCUGUCUGAACAUCUGGAUUAUUUCGGAGCAUGCAAAUGUCUCAUAUAGCUCGAACCCUCAUUUUGGAUUUCAUACGAAUAAAAUAAUAUAAGUUUUACUUUUUUAAUUCACUUUGUGUGCUAUUACUGUAUCUUUAAUAGAUUUCCCAUGAUGCCUAUAUAGGGAACAAAGUUUGGCUUUCAAGCAUGCCGUUCUGCAUGUCCCUUUCAGCAUGCCGUGAUUCUGUCAUGUCCGCUCUAUUUAAUAACUGAUUUGUGUUUCUGAUGCAUGCAUGCCUGCCGCAAAAACAGAAUCAAGGGUGAAAGUGUCGAAGAAAUGUUGCAAAACAUGCUUUAGUAGCACUGCAUGAGCCCGGAACAUAAUGGCCUUGACGUAACCGAGCAUCAUUUUUGAAUCGUUAUCUUUACUGAUGGCUUAUACGCUUACCUGUUCCAUGCACAGUGCUGUGAGACAAUAGGGAAAAGCUUUUUGGGAGUUUUGUAGCAUUGGCGCCUUUGUCAAGCUCUUAAAGUGACUGCCUUUUUAUCCAGGGUCUGAUAGAGAACGUCUAUUUAAAUACGUGCCAACACAUGGUUACCAACAUAUCAAACUGUAUUCUUUUAUAGGACAACUUUUGUGUGCACUCGGUUUACUUUCAAACUUCCCAAUUAUUGACAAACGGGCUACCCCAUUUUCUUUUAAAUACGUUUAUUUAUUUAUUUUUUUACUUUUAUUUAACCAGGAAAAUAAAUGCAUAUUCAGUAUUCAGGAAUGCUCUGUUAAGCUUCAUUUACAACAUAAACAAAAUGAUAAAGGUUUGACACAUUUAUGUAAACUGAGAAAUUGCUCAUCUGUAUUUAGUUUUUUAUUUUGAUAAUUAUGAAUGCCAAAUGCCAAACCGCUUAUUGCAUCACUGAAUAUUUUUAGUUUUAUGAUCCAACAAAUGUAGCCAAAACAGCUAAAUGGUUCUCUUUGAUAUGGCUUAAUAUGAUCUAUUUUGACUACGGUGGCCUAACUUACUGCUGUUAUGAACAUUUAAUGAUGUAUUGACUUUAAUAAUGCAUAAAGUGUGCACAGUAAAAUCCUAGAAUAGAUUUUCAUGUCGAUUAGAUAUUUUCAUAUUUGAUACGGGUCAAAAUUAUUGUACGUAUUAAAUAUAUUGUAGAGUAAACGAAAAGAGUAUUUUAUUGAUGAUUUGUAAUAUUCGUGCUAUUUUUGGGGUUGCAAUGUAUUUAUUGCGAUGGUUCUAUAUGUGAAUGUAAAUUUCAUAUUGAGAUCUUUUAUACUCGUGUUUGCACUGUUCGAGAAUAAAAUAACAAUGAGAGAUGA